CCGGGUGUCAGUGAUAAGGCAACAUGGCGGCCAUCAGUACCACAGGUGACAUGGAUUAUAUUUGUCUUACAAAAUCAAAACUUGCCGCAGUAUCUCUUGGCUUGAUGUAAAUUUAUUUCAUACUUUAAUACAUACACAACGGGCACGACACUAUUUGUGUUACCAGCGAGACCUGAUUUAAAGACGAACUGGUCGUAUUUUCGUGUUGGCUUUGACAGCUUGGACAGGAAACGCCGAGGUUGACUGGGCCUUUCUUGACACACAGACCGCUUUCGUUUAUAUUUGCAAACGUGAAAAUAAUCGAUAACACCUUGUUUUAAGUGUUGUUUGACCAGACAAGUGAUACAGCUUAUUCCAUGUGAUACUCUCCUGUGUCAUAAUGAGUGACAGAGCCGACAGGAGGCGACGGAGCAACAUACGCCAGUAUUCGGCUGAGGAUCAAGCUCUCAAUCAGAUAUCGAAAGAGGCUGAGACCAGAUUGCAGGCAAAACGGGCUGCCAGAGCAGAGGCGCGGGAAAUCCGAUUAAAGGAAAUCGAGAAACAGCAGAAAGAGGCGGAUGAGAAACAUAAUCGAGUCCAUGAACUUAUCACCGACCAUGGAAAGAGUCGACUUUCCAGUUCUCGACGCAACAGUAAUGACUCAAAUGACAGCGUGGAGUCCAACAGAGAGAGGGACCGCGACCUUAAGGCGGAGCUGCGUGAGCUGGAAGAGAAAUAUCGCCAGGCGAUGAUGACAAGUGCCACAUUGGACAAUGAAAAACAGACACUGAUAUAUCAAUUAGAGCUUCUCAAAGACCAGAUUGAGGAGAUUGAAGAGUCAUAUGUAGAACUGCAACGAGAACACAAGGACCGGUGUAGAGAUUUAGAAAUGAAGAAGAGAUCAUGUACGGAACUAGAAUCAGAAGUUAAGGUGUUACGAGAACAUAUGGUGCUAAAAGACAAAUUGAUUGAGGAGAGUGGUUUUGUGAUCAUGUCCACAGAGAGCGGAGAGUACAAGCUAGAGAAGAACUCAUCCAUGUCCAAUGGUCCGGUGCCAACAACAGGAUCCGUGCUGCUGUCAUCAGAAUCCAUAGAAAUAUUGAAAGAAGCAGGAGAUGGGUCAUUAGAUGACAAAUUAAAGGCUUUAGCAAAGACGAAUAAACAAUAUAAUGACAAGAUUAAGAUGUUGGAGAGCAAAGUCAAUGAACAGUCAAGCAAGCAGAAAGGUGGUGACGACACUAAAGUGCCAGCGUUGAACGGGCCGGAACUACAGCUGUAUGAAGUGCAGAGGGAAUCUAGUAGACAAAUCCAUGAAUACAAGUUCAAGCUACAGAAAGCAGAUCAAGACCUCGCUAAUUUAGAAGGAAGUGUGAACCGACUGGAGUCCCAAGUUAAACGGUACAAGUCUGAUGCGGAGAGAGCUGAAGGGAUGGAGGACGAGUUGAAGGGGGAGAAGAGGAGACUGAUGAGAGAGUUACGAGAAGCCCAAAACCAAAUAGAAGAGUUGACUAAUCAGAAUAAGCAUUUAAACAAAAGAAUGGAGAAGAUAAAACAGACUCGCAGUGCAUUAGGCGUGCAGUGAGAGGUGGGAAGGGCGGAGUGGGACAGGACACUAACACAUGUGCAUGGUCCACACGCUCUCGCCAGCUGAACAUACAGAUCGUCCAGUGCUUUCCGGCAUGCUUUUUACCCGGAGACAUUGUGUGAUUGUCCGAAUCUUUGGAGGAAUUUUACAGUUGUGGUCGUGUGGUGAUGUUUUAGUGACUGCAAGGAACAGAUUUUUUUUCAACAUUUUCACUCUUUGAGGGCUGUUGUAGCCCAAGUGUGCUAAAGCACAAAACUGCUUCUUUCAAUUUUAUCCUGCCUUUAUGUGGAAAUGCAGGAAACUAGAUUUUAUUGUUGUCAGCUGCUGAAUGGAUCCAGCAAACCACAUCCCAAUUGAAAACUGACUUUUAUCAGAUGUUUGCCUGUAUAUGGUUGUUUAGGUUAGGAGCUAAUGAGAGGGGCUUCCUCAAAAUGUGAAUUCUCUUAAUGUUCAUUUCUUUGAACUGUGGGAGAUAUUUUUUCAUUUAUCAGUUUGGUUGCAUCUUGUUUCUCUGUAUAUUCUUGAAAAAUGAAUUAUCAUCCUUGAGACAGCCUCUCCAUUAGCACUGGCAAGAGAAGGGCCUGAAGGCUAUUUUGAAGACUUUCAGGGGAGACAACUGGUGUUGCAGAUGCAUAUUUACACUCAACAUGGUAAGAAUGGUGUGUUUAAGCUAUUGCUGAUUUCCUGAAGUGUUCUGUCAGAGAGGGUUCAUUCCUUUUGGAAAACAGAAUAUUUGGAAGGAGAUAGACAUGUUUGUUAAACAGGAUAUCAGUGACUUUAUAUAAACCACAACCAUUGUGCAAUAACAUGUGUCCUCAUAACGCUGAUGCUUACUAGGAUUCAUUUCAUUGGAAGAAAAGAUAAAUCAUUGUCAUGCUGAGCUUACAUUUCCUGACAUUGGAGGACUGAUUCUUUAGUGAUAAUCCUCAGUGUUUCCUCACCUCAUGAUAAGCUACGGGGCGGUGGGGUAGCCUAGUGG